AUGUCGCUCCGUCGAGAGGCCUAUCGUGAGUAUCUCGCCACGCCACUCAGCCCAUCUGCGACGGCGCACAUUGUGGGGAAUGCGUCGCGGGAGCUCAAAGAAGUGCCUUUAAAAUGGUAUAACAUCUUUCGAACACUUGGCAAAGGAGGUUUUGGGUACGAGGCAGGGAAACGCAUUGUGGUGAAGGAACUUUCGAUACAACCGACUGUAGAUGACCCUAGCAAAAUAGAGGCAAGGUUGGUUUGUGAGAUCGAGGUUACUGCAGGUGCGCGCCAGCGUCGUUCAACAGCUGGCAUGCUAAUAAGCGCAGAUAUGUGCGAUGGGAUGGGUAUGUUGCACCAAGGGUGUAUGGCGUUUUUGAUGGAUGAGUACGACACCCCUCUCCGUUAUCAGGAAUGUUCGAGUAGAUUUAAUUUGAAUUCGCGCCACAGGGGAUCAGCAAUCGCGCUCCUCGUGAUGAACAUCCAUGAGGGAGGCGAGAACAGCAUCGGGGUAUCACAGACGCUGAACAUCUUAUACCACGCUGCGGCCCCGCUGGGAACGAGGUUACGGAUAAUUAACCGGUCGGUGACAGCCGGGGGGGAAAUGGACUGUUGUCGCAGCGAGAUUUGGGAUUUGGAUAAGCAUAGGUUGAUCGUGUCUGUAACUCAGAUACAGAUGGCUCCGUCAGGGUUAUUUCCGAGUUUUGAAGGGGCUUGA